CGAUUUGUGAACCAAACCGUGGAUCUUGCCCUGGUUGAUUUGGUUUGACAAACAACAGAUUUGUCUGCCAAGCUCUCGAUAUUUCUUUAUUUUAAUGAUUUGCUAUCAAAACAAACAAGGCAAGAGCUAAAGAGAGAACACAGGUACCUGGAUCUGCGUGACAUCAAAUUACCUCAGGAAAAGUUCAAAGAACUUGCCCUCAGCCAAAUCUGAUUCGAUUUUAACUUGUUGGCAGGCUCGACGAGCUCUGCGAUUCAAUUUCAGACAUGCUAUACCACACCUUAAAUGUACGUUUGGCGUACACUUUAGCACUGAUUGUUUUUGUGUCUUCAAGACAUAUUCAGAAAUCAGAAAUUGGCAAAGUUCAACAAGAUAUUUCGAAGUCUGGCAAACCUGGCGAGUAUUUGUGGUACAAAACUGGCUCAGUGCAAACGGAUCAAAAGUUUGCAAAGAGUGUCAUAGCUAGGUCAUCACAUGGGAAGAAGGUUCAUAGUUUGGACGAAAACGAAGAGUCUAGCGGAAGUACUUUCCCAAACGAGGAGGAUGACCCCAGCGGAAGUGGAGAAGUUCAUGAAGAAUACAUGUCAGGGAGUGGAAUUUAUCCAAACAGUUAUAUGGUGGAUAUUCAAGAGUCUGACACCACAGAUUCUUCUGCGCGUGGGGCAGUUGAUAAAAUGACUCAGGUAUCUUCUGGGGAGGACAGUCCUGAGGAGACGAGUGCAGAUUUCUCAGGGGAUAGUAAAGGCGAGGUUGAACGAAACGAAACUCCUGAGAAAGAAUUAAACGCACAAGACGGUAGCGGCAGCACUGAUGAUGAACAAGAAAAUGACAACGAUGAAGACUCUCAAAAAGAAGAGAAAGAAGAACCCAAGGUGAAGGUUAUGUCACCCGCUGUUCUAAAGGGAGGUGAGGUUCAGAGGAAAAGAAGCGAUAUUUAUAAGAAAAGCAAGGUUACUGAGGGGGACAGUGAAAGUGAGUAUGACAAGCUCUUCAAAGAUUUCAAGAACGAUGGGGAUCUGGGUCCAGAAGUAGAGGAGGAUGAUGACAGUUACUUGGACGAUGCCAUUACUGACGAAGAGGCAAGACAGUUGGUAUCUGAAGAAAACAAAGAGGAAACUGGGAUGAGUAAGAGUGACAUUUUGGGCCGCCAUCACUACAAAGGAGAAGAUAUAAGCUCUAUGUUUGAAGGAUACACAGAUAAAAGCGGCUCAAAUUCGGAUGAGUCUGGAGCUUCUUCUGGUGAGCACAAGAAAAAGGCUUACGCACACAAUAUGAAAGAAAUCCUCUCGAAACUCGAUAAGGAUGUUUUUAGAGGAAACAAUAGUGAAGAACAUAAACAGCUUCACAGUAAACAACAUCGACAUUACCACAAACAACUUCACAAACAUUAUCAUCAUCAUCAUCAUCACAAACAUCAAAAUAAUUCAUUUACCGAAGAAGCAGACGCGUCUCGAGCCCUCAGUCACCACGCGGACAGCGGAAUCUUCAACGGGAGCGUUAGUAAUGUGACAAUGGAGGCUCAAAAAGUAAAGAAGCAUCAUGAACAUAAACGUCAUCACCAUCAUCAUCACCAUCACCAUAACAGACUUCAUCAUCAUCAUCAUCAACUGGACCAUCACUUAAAGGAAAUGGAAUCACACCAUGACAACUUCAAUGAAAGUCAAAUUCCAAUAGCGGAUGUUCAGCAGUCCAAUUCAAACACACAAUAUUCCACGCAGUACCCAUCUGUGUAUUAUCCUUCGUCAGGUCCAAUCAUCAACACAGUAACACCACAGUCACCACAGGCACCACAGGCACCACAGGCACCACAGGGAACUUACUCUGCAGAGGAAAGUUCCCUUUUGCAAUAUUACAAUCAACCAUCAAACGGGUUUGUGUACCACGCUGUGAGAGAUGCUGACAAAAUAGGCGCUGUAUGUCUUGAUGGGUCCACACCGGGUUACUAUGUGAGACAGGGAUCUGCCGAAGCAGGCAAGAACUGGAUUAUUUACUUACAGGGUGGGGCAUGGUGCGAGAGUGAGAAAGCUUGUUCGGGAAGGAGCCGCAUGCAUCUGGGGUCUUCUCUCUUCUUCAAACCUCUUGGUAAUCCUGGUGGAAUUUUAUCAAACAGUGCUAAAGAAAAUCCUGAAUUCCACGACUGGAACGUGGCGUAUCUCCCAUACUGUGAUGGUUCGUCGUUUUCAGGCAACAGAUCUGACCCAGUAGAGUUUGAAGGUUCGUUGUUGUAUUUUAGAGGCUUCAGAAUCUUGGAUUCGACCAUAUCGGAAUUGUUGUCUGACACAAGUCUAAAAGAGGCCAGGAAUGUUGUGUUUUCUGGUACCUCUGCUGGAGGACUCGCUGUUAUGCUUCACGCCGAUUAUGUCCGUUCAAAACUCCCCAAGCAUGCACAUUUCAGAUCGCUUGCGGAUUCAGGAUUUUUCCUCGAUACAACUUCACGGAAACACAAAAAACAGAAGAAAUUCAGGAAGGCGAUGCAGAAUGUUUUUAAGCUUCAUGACUGUACGGAUGGGGUCCCUCAAGAGUGCGUCAAGAAGAUGUCAGGGAAAGACCUGUGGAAAUGUAUUUUCCCUCAGUACUUUUUACGUUUUGUUAAAAGUCGUCUGUUUGUCGUGAACUCUUUGUACGACUCGUGGCAGUUGAGUCACAUCUGGGAAAUCCCUUGUGCUUCUACUCCUUACAAAUGUUCCAAGAAAGAAGUGAAGCUGAUCAAGAAAUUCCGAAGUAAAACGUUAAAAGCCAUGAAGCCCGUGUUCGCCUCAUCAAAUAUCGGACUGUAUGUUGAUUCGUGUAUUGAUCAUGGACAAGUGAUCUCUAACGCUCAAUGGAAUUCAAUCAAGGUGCAGCAUAAAUCCAUUGCAUCGUCAUUUGCCACGUGGUGCCAGAAACCAACCAAGACGGAAUUCUUCAUCGACGAAGAUGACUAUCCUGCAAAUCCAACUUGUGUUACUAAGGACGUUGCUAGGAGAUCAGAAAUCAUAACAGAAGGAUUCUAAAUCCCAGUUGAACUGCCAAUGUAUUAAGUUUAUCAGAACAAAAGCGAGACAAUCAAACUCACGACUCACUGUUCGUUUUCGAACAGCUUUUGGUGAUACUUCACGUUUAUUAUUUUGCAUCUGUACUGGGCUGUAGAAUUUUACCUGAUAUGUGUAACUCAUUUGAAAUUGCCAAAGUGACAACAAACCUUGCGAGCUACCUUUCCCGUUUUAAGUUACUGACGGUAGUUACUGUUUAAUUUAUUUCUUCAGAGUCUUCUUUUGUUCACUUGAAAAUAUAUUCUACGUAAUUGAGUGACAUUGUCCCAUCAUGAAUUCGUGUCACCUGACGUCGCCUUGAAGAGCCACAGUCCGAGUUAAAAACUAGACCCAUGCUAAAACAAUUCAAGAGAUAUUAUAAUUCUGUAACCAUUUAUAGCAGUUUGUUCUGGUUUUUGAGCCAAAAACAAUUUCUAUUUAGGCUGAUCGGGCUUGAAACAAUUUCUGUGCACAUACCUUCUGAGAGUGAGUUCUUUUUCACGAUCAGUCACGUAAAGCGUAUUUUAUCGUCGAUUCUUUAUCGGCGAUAGUGCACAGUUCUCGAGUCCUUUCUGUUACAAAUAAAUAUAACUUUUCUUCCAUUUACCUCGGUAUUGUUCUUUAAUUGAAACUCUUUUAACUCAUGCAAAGAAUUUCACCAUGAUAACUCGAAAUAGUGGAAAAAGUGUACUUUGUUUUGGUAAACCUCUGAGUAGCCAGAAGUAUUAAACAGUGUUACAGUG